AUCUCUGCAGAUGAUGAGAUCAUUAGUGAGGAUGAAGAGGACAGUCCUUUGGGAGAUGAUCCUGAACAUACAGAACAAUAUGAGACAUUACUGGAGAUACUUGAAGAGAGUGUGUUCCAGAAAUGUAGUGAGGAAGAGGCCUACCAGAACCAGCACAUGCUAAAAAUGCGCAAGAGAGACUCCCUUGGGGAGACAAAGGAUAACUGUGUUCAUCUGGAAUUAGAUUUUAGAAAAUUUCACAGCAUCCUUCUUGAUCAAGAAGAUGCUGUAGCAGAUGAUCUCCAUGAAUACAGUGAGUGUGAAGUAGUCUUCAGUCAGACAUCAAAUGUUCUGCAACAUGAAAUAUCCCAGAUAGGUGAGAAACCUCACAAAUGUAUUGAAUGUGACAAAAGCUUUUGCUGGCACUCUGAUCUAGUUAAACACCAGAGAACCCACACAGGUGAGAAGCCCUUCAUAUGCAGUGAGUGUGGGGAAAACUUCAGUGUGAGCUCCCACCUUAUCACCCACAGAAGAAUACACGCAGGAGAGAGACCCUACUGUUGUCCUGACUGUGGGAAAACCUUCAGCCGAAACUCACACCUUAGAAGUCACCAGCGAACCCACACUGGCGAAAGGCCUUUUGAAUGUAUGGCAUGUGGAAAAAGCUUCAGUGAUUCCUCAACACUCAUUCAGCAUCAGAGAACCCACACGGGUGAGAAACCCUACGCUUGUUCCAGAUGUGGGAAAUGCUUCAGCCGGAGUUCUCACCUCAGCAGGCACCAGAGAGUUCAUGUGGGAAAAAGAUCCUUUCCGUGUGCUGAAUGUGGGAAGAGUUUCCAAUAUGAGAGUCACCUCACUCAGCACUGUAAACUGCACCUGGGAUAGAGAGCAAGACACCUUGUCCCUCAGGCCUGUGAGCAUUGCAGUUCUGCCUUUAUGCAUGCAUAAGUUCUAUGGCUGAUUGAAAAAAGGAAGAAGCUGCCUUUGGGAGGAGAGGAUCUUUGCCAUAGUGCAAGAACAUUGCAGAACUGAUGACGUGGCAGAGGUUAGAAGUGGGAAUAGGCUUGCUGUCAGAAGGGCAAGAUUGAUACGGGGAUUUAGGGAAGGGCAGGGUAGCAAGAAAUAGGAAC